AUGGAUGAAUUCCAGCUGCUGCUUGCUCUCCUUGGAGGCAUCUGUUGUUCCAUUUUCCUGCUAAAGUGCAUUUGGUUUUUGAAAUAUUUUCUUCCUUACAUAUGGAAUAUUUUGCCUUCAUCUUAUUUUCGUUCAAUGGGAGAAUGGGCAGUGGUCACUGGAGCAGGAGGUGGAAUUGGAAGAGCCUACUCGUUGGAGCUUGCCAAGCACGGAUUAAAUGUGGUUCUCAUAAGUCGAUCACUCAAAAACUUGGAGAAGGUAGCCUUGGAAAUUGAACAAACGACUAAGAGAACUGUGAAAAUCAUACAAGCUGACUUCACAGAAAAUGACAUAUAUGAAAACAUUGAAGAAAACCUUCAAGGAUUAGAAAUUGGAAUUUUGGUUAACAAUGUUGGAAUGCUACCUAAUCGCUUUCCGUGCCAUUUUCUUAAUAUUCCAGACAAAGAUGAGGACCUCAUUAAUUGCAACAUCAUGUCUGUCACUAAGAUGACGCGAAUCAUUUUGAAACAAAUGGUGGCAAGAAAAAAAGGUCUAAUUCUUAAUCUUUCAUCAGCCUUUGGCACCUUUCCUUGUCCUUUAUAUGCAAUCUAUUCUGCAUCUAAGGCUUUUGUAUACACAUUUUCCAAAGCACUUCAAGUGGAAUAUAAGUCAAAAGGAAUUGUGAUACAGGCAGUGACUCCCUUUGCUGUUUCUACUCCG